AUAAUUCCCCUUAGAAAGCAGAAUAAAUUCCGACUUAGAUGUGUGUUUUAUUCUGUCUCCCUUGCCUAAUUAAUUUCUUUUAUAUAAUAGUAUUCCUCCUCUUCCUAUCUCCUCAUCACAACUCAGCACAUAUUUCAUUCUCUCAAGCUUUGAAAUAGCCUAAAGGAGUUUUCUUCUCUGAUCAUUAGCAACAAGCUAAGCUGUCAUAUUCAUAUUGAUCAAACAGUUCAACCAACAACCAAACUCGGAGUCUUUCGUUUCUCUAACAAGGAUUGAUCUGAUUUUAGUUCUAAGAAUAUCAUCGAUCAAGAAACAAUGGCAAGGUCUGAGACAUACGAAAACGACCUCCAUCUCGAAGCAACUGAGCUCAGGUUAGGAUUACCAGGGAGCAAAGAGCCUGAAAAUCAAUCUAAUUCAAAUAAUGUGGCUAGAAGUAUCAAGAGAUCAUCACCUGAUCAACUUCCUUCGGAUUCCUCUUCAACAAACAAUUCUAGUGUUUCUGAUGCUAGAAAUGAAGAUUGCCCCCCUCCUUCCAAGGCACAAAUUGUAGGAUGGCCACCAAUCCGUUCAUACAGAAAGAACACCCUUCAGACCAAGAAAAGCGAGUCUGAUGCAUCUGGGAUGUUUGUGAAAGUAAGCAUGGAUGGAGCACCAUACCUGAGGAAGAUUGACCUGAAGAUGUACCAGAGUUAUCCAGAGCUGUUAAAGGCUAUGGAAAGUAUGUUCAAGAUCUGUAUCGGACAAUACUCCGAAAGAGACGGAUAUAAUGGAUCUGAUGUAGCACCCACUUACGAAGACAAGGAUGGUGACUGGAUGCUGGUUGGAGACGUACCAUGGGAGAUGUUCAUCACCUCCUGCAAAAGGCUUCGGAUCAUGAAGUCUUCAGAAGCAAAGGGACUUGGAUGCCUAUGAGAAACAAACAAACACAUGAGCAGAUUAUCAAUCAAACUCACAACAUAUAGAAUCAGCAGAUUAUCAAACAAACAAAAAAAAGCUUCUGCUCGAGGUUUUUUACUUUGUGUCUCUCUGAAAGAGAGGCUUAGGAACACAUACAGAGAAUUGUCAGAUCAGAUUUUUCUUUUUUUUUUUUUCUUCCCUUUUUUCCAUUUUGUUUUCUAUUUUGGUUUCUUGUGACCUUUUGGAUGGUUUUGAGUUUCAUUCUGGUUUUGCAGCAACAAACUGAUAACAAAAGUCAAAACCUGUACUGUUUUUUUAUACUUUGGAUAUAUAUGUAUUUGCCUAAGAUUCAAUUGUACAAAUGCAAAAAAUAUAGAUAUGACAGAAAAAAAGCCAAAAGUAACAAUGACAUUGUUGACAUGAUAUAUACUCUUUAUUCUGAAGUGUUCCUUCA